UGUAAUGGCAAGCACGGUAGCGGAUUGUCUUUAAUAAAACAUCUAUAGAUUUCCAAAACAAAACAUGGAACUUGAGGACAUAUCUUGCAAUGUGGAGUUUAUUUUACAUGACCUUGACCUAAUAGAACCACUCCCUGGCGAUUUAAGGUCCACUGGAUCUUCUCCUGUGCAUUCCAACUCUUCCUCACUCUCUCCAACACCAAGUAAAACGGAGUCACCUGAAUACAACCCAGAAAUCACCUCGACAAGCCUUGAUGACGUGUUCGAAUCACAACCUUAUAAACCACUGCUAACUUCCAGAAGUAAGCUAAGAGAAUAUCGGACAAAACCAUAUCAAGAUGGAAAGAACAAACAACAAUACACACAAGAACUGGACGUAUUCUGUCGUAUUUGUGGAGACAAAGCUUCUGGGUUUCACUAUGGAGUACAUUCUUGUGAAGGCUGCAAGGGUUUUUUUCGAAGAACAUUAAAGAAAAAUCUGCAUUAUCGUCCAUGUUCUGAGCAGAGUAAAUGUAAAAUCAAUACUGCAUCACGAAACAAAUGCCAGUACUGCCGUUACCAAAGGUGUAUAAAUGCCGGAAUGUCAAAAGACUCUGUGCGUUUUGGACGUAUGCCAAAAACUGAAAGAGAAAAGUUGAUGGCAGACAAAGAAGAAAUGACGAAUAAUAGAAGUGAUUACGUCAUCGAACUUAGAACCUUUUCUGACGUCAUCAAAACAGCCUUUCAGCAGUACCUUUUCCCUGUCACUGAAAACUACAAAAUACAACAGGAGAAGCUCGAACCAUCAUCUACAAUAGAAACUCUUGCUAGCAGUGACACAGUCUACCUUUUCCGACUUUUCCAAGCAGUUUUAUCUCCUUGUUGCGAUGCUGUUAUUCGAUUCGCCAAGUCCCUUCCAAACUUCAACGAAAUUGGAAUGCAGGACAAGGUCCAUCUCAUGAAACAAGGGGCAAUCACAGUCUCUGCUGUUAUGUUGCAGCCCCUGAUUGGACCAAAAUAUGUGAACUUUAUUGACCAGUCUGACUAUAUACGUGUAACAAGGAAAGCGAUCCAGGAGAACAGAACGUCUAAUAUUCUCAUGAACGACGUUCUGAGAAUAGUUGACAAACUAACAAGCUUGGAAUUAACAGAAAUGGACUUGGCAUUGUUCUGUGCAUUACUGACAAUUUCCGAUACAAAAGGACUAAGUGAUGAUCCGUUGAUUAAGAGUAUCCAAAAUGACGUGUUGGAAGCGUUUAGAAUUUCUAUGAAGAGAAACCAUUCCAAAAAACCUGCAUCCUUACCUAAAUUACUCAUGCUUGUGACGGACCUUAGACAGCUGGUGGACGAUUUUUCUAGGAACAUGCAACUUCAUUUCUUCGACGAUACGAUGGAGUACUCAAAUACAGACCCGUUGCUUCGAGAACUACUGGAUUUGUGACUCAAACAAAUAUAUGGUGGGUUUCUGUUUUAACUUGUAUGAUUAAUUACCUCUUGUAAAAAGAACUGCGUGUAUCUAUGUCUAGUUGAGAAGAUGCAAAAAAAACUUUGAAAUGAGCUGAAAUAAUCAAUUUUUUAUUAUAUCUUAUUAUGUAUUGGGACAUCGGCAUAGUAUGACUUCAGUUGUGAAUGAUUUACUUUGCAUUAACUUGAUAUUAUAUCAGCCUCAUAUAGCCCUAGUUUAUUAGAGCUUAUUUUCAUUGAAUAUUUUCAAAAUUCAUGAAAUUUUUAAUGAUGAUGUCAACCAGACGAAAUGAAAUGAAAAAACAACAUAUUUUGCUUCUAAAAUCUAACAAAUUUAUUCUAUUUUUUAAAUAUAUGUGAAAAUGUAUUGAAAACUCUAUGAAAUACGUACGGUGAUGUUGCAAUAUGAAAAAGAAGAAAACAUUUUUGUCUACAUGUAUUAUAGUGAUAAAAUGAAAUAUGUGGAGUUCUCUAUAUUGUUUAUCGGUGAUAAAAAUGUGCCAUAUUUUUUCUGAGAAGUACUCUACAUGUCUUUGUUUGUAUCAUCCUAUUGAGUGGAAGGUUGUGAAUGUUUGACAAGGUUGUUGUCCUCGCUUUAUUCUGCUUUGUAAUAACAUGCUGCUUAACCCCUUAAAACCCGGUUAUUAAGAAAUGUAUACAUGUAUUUGUUUAUUAUAGAUCUUUAUUUUUAUGAAGAGUUUGCUUUUUUGUUACCAAACCUUUUCAAGCUGACCCGGUGAUUGUUUUUAAAGCUCAGUUGUUCAUGUAAGCUUGAGACUUUGAAAAUAUUAUACUUUCAUAUUUUACCGGUGAGACAUUAAUGUAUGUCUGAAAUAUUACACGCAUUCCAAUUCUGAAGAAUUAUUUUUUAUUCAUAUGGACAUCGUAUAUAUAUAUAUCUAUGCUAUUUAAAUAGUUUUUUCGUACUUGGAACCUUCCUGAGUUUCACAAACUCACGAAGUCAGUACUUAAGAUAAUCUUUAAAAUAUUAACACAUGUGCAUAAUACAAUUAUUUAAAACAAAUCAGAACAGGCCAUUUUGUGUUUGUAAUACCGGUAGUUAUGUCAUAUUCUUUAAAGCCACAGAUCAUCUCUCAUUUAAACUUUGAAUUUAUGAUACCAUAUUUCUUGUUCACUGCUACACAGCAUAUGAAAUUCUGCUUGAUAAUUGUAUACCAAUUAAAGUAAAUUAGUGUAUAUUUCCACUUUAUUUUGGCUAGCAAUUUAGCUAUCUUAUUUUUACAUGUUUGCUCAGAUAUAUAUCAUAUUCGGCGAGUAUAAUAUUAUAGUAAUAAUAUACAUUUUAUUUCUCUAUUUUGAUUUUUAUUUCCUUCAUCUGGAAGUUUUGGCCACUGAUUGAAGAAUCACUCUUUAAGAAUGACUUUAUUGUAUUGUCUGAGUUAUGAAAUUGAAUAUGGAAAAAACAUAAAUUAAUUUUCUUGACAAGUUUUUGCAUUCAUAUCAAAUGAUGAAUUGUAAUCGUGAUUUUAAAAAUGCCCUGUCUUUUAGUACUACAUGCAUCUUUUAUUUUGAAAUCAUUUUUGGGAGCAUCAAACAACGCAAAAAUUUGAAAGGCAUUUUAAUGUAAAGCGGAAAGGCAUAAUAACGCGGAAAGAGAUAUCCCUAUCAUAAGGUGUAAUAACACAAAUAAAAAGAGUGGACACGGAAUAGAGUGGACACGCAGAGAGAGUUAUUGUACCUUGGUAAUGAGUGUUAUAGAGCAAAGUAAAAAUAAUUUCUCUGACCUCAGAGAGGCACAGUAAAGGCAUAAUAACGCUUUGUCGUGUUAGUACCCUUUUGAUUAGCAUUAUGAAUCCUUAUUCAGGUUAUUUUAAAAAUAAGGUAUAAUUUUAAAACUUUUAUCAUGAUUUCAAUACGGGUCGGUCACGUUAGUAAAAUUCGAUUAAGUCCGAAGGUAUUAUUACUUAUACAUUAAUUUAAAUUUGUGACUGACUAAUUGCAAAUAUUUACGUGAUAUACUUUUGUAUUGAAUAUGUCGACCACAUAUGACGUCACUGUGAAAUUACGUCGAUCGUUUAUGUUGAACAAUAAAUUUCUGAUCAUAAGACAGACUUGCUUAUAAACAGGCUUAAAUACGCUUUGUAUAAGGAGAAACAUAUACUGUAUAAUGAAAUAAUACUCGUGUAUACAAUGUUUAACUUGGCAUUAUUUAGCCUUUUUGAAAGGCAUAUUAAUUUACUUGGCAUUUUUAACCUUUUCAAAGAUAUAACAACACACUUUUUGCGAUCUUAUGCCUUUUUGCGUUACUGCAACUUUUUAUUUAUGGUAUGUCACCUUAUAAUUUUCUCGCAGUUUGAUUCUAAUAAAGUUCGUAAUUUCUACAAAAAGUAAUAAUAUCAAUGCAUUGUGUGAUGAUUAUGCACACAAUGAAUAUGUAUUUUUCUCGAUUUACUGA